AUGCGACUUCAUAUUGAAGGCAUAGGUAAAGACGAAGGCUCCACGUACAAGGAGUGCGCAGCUUCCUUCGCAACCCUCCUCGUGCGAAAGGAUGAGGUUGUCACCGUGAUGCUGCAAGGGCCCAAGAGACCUUGUGGAGACGACCCUGCAUCGGGCCAUGCCGUCCUCUCGAUCGCCGUGCGGAGUGCAAGCAAUGACGAGCCUUCACCACAGGCGCUUCCCAAGCAGGCAGUCCGUCAAAUGUUGCAGCCGGACGUGGAAGGCAUUCCUGAUGACGUUUCGGUGGCACAUUACUAUGCUACUAACAUGGCGAACAUCUCCACCGGCACGCAUGUUGGGAAUAUCAUCGAUAUCUUGAGAAAGUUGCAGACGGCAGGAACAUAUCAAAACUAUGCCCAGGCUCUGGCAGCAUUCCGCCGGUACGUGGCCAUCUCAUGCUGCGAGAAGAUGGAAGCGGGGGCUUAUCGACGAGGGGAGAACAAACGCAAUUUCUUCACGGCUAUCACGUCCGCCACGAUCGCGGAGUGUAAGGAAUAUUGCCAAGGGGACGAAGGAGGAGCCCAGCCUUUUUCCGCAGAGCAACUCAUGAUCAUGCAGGUGGUGGUCGCCUUUCUCCGAUCCCAAGGGAAAGGCCCAGGUCUUGAGGUUUAUCCGUACGAGAGGAAUCCUUGGUACGACUUGGACGGCAGGAAAGCGUUUCAUGCUGUCCUCAGUCGGCUCGUAAAAGGUUACUGCAAUGCUGUCAGUGGAUUAGUGGAGAGAAGAUCUGAUCGUGAGAGAUGGAAGAACGACCGCACAUAUUUCGACCACAGCGCAGAUCAGCUCGUCGCCUGGGCUUACCAUCUUGCGUUGUUCCACCACAUGUUCGAGCACAGGAUUUACCAACACCUCCACUUACUUGCUCGCAUAUACAAGCUCAAUUCCGCCUUGUGUGUUGAGUUAGAGUCGCCGAUAUACCACGAGUACCACAAGAAGGCUCCCGUCAGCGACACCGCCGACGGCCGAGGGAAGCACCGGAAUUAUUCGGAUACCAACCCAGAGGGGGAAAUAUUACGUCACCUUGACGCGGUUUCAGAGUGGAAUUGGGCAGAUGCCAGCAAGCAGUAUAUUAAAAAUCUCUCGCUGCAUGUCCGCGCCAUGAUGGAUUUCGUACCUAGGCACAUGGAUCUCAAGGUGAGGCCCGGGCAGGAAAUCGUGUCAGAGAUAGUGUGGAAGACACAGUUUCGUUUCUUCGAGGGUACGAUAGACGGCGAAGACCGCGAGAUGCUCCCCAUCAGCAAGCUACUGGGCACCUUGAAGACACCAGAGGGCCGGACGAGAUCAACGGAAACGCAGCAACAUAUCAUGAGCUGGAUCAAUAGUCAACGCGCGGCGGUUUGCGAAGGCUCUGAGUAUGACUUCGACGCCACGCACCAUGACGGCCGUGUUCACCACGAAGCUACGAUGCUCGGCAUGCAGCACUUGCCCCAAAUGAAACGGCCCCUGAAGUUGGUGGUUACUACUGAGCGGUGCUGCCCUACCUGCGCUUUUCUCUUCGAAUUCUGCAAGAACGACGCUGAUCGAGGACUUCUGGGCGUCGAGGUCAGUCCUGACUGGAGUGCGUGCUCCUUACCGUCGUGGAUACCGAAAAAAGCUGGAAGAUACGUUAUGGAGCGGGCAGAAGACGUCCUUCAGUAUCGAUUGGAGACGAUGGUGGCAAGGUACAAAGAAGGUGAAAACUUCAAGACCUGA